UGUUUCGCUUGGGAUUAAACCUCAGUUUGGGAUCCGCUUAUCGUCAGAGGGAAGAGAAAAUCCCAAGUGACAAAGAAACACCUGUUACCUAUGAGUUGGUUUGGAAAUUACUUCUCUAGGUCUCCGGAGCACGUUUCCUUUCUCAACACAGGCUCUCCUCUGUUGCUUUCUCUCAUGUCCCCUGAAGACGAACAUUUGGUUUCCAACUUGAGGAGCCAUGCCUCAGCCCAGGCUGUGGUGAAGCAGCCUGUCCGGGGAGCCAGUGGCAGGACCACAAUCACAGCAGUUGUCCAGACUGGCGGAGACUGGAGCACCGGCCUCUUCAGUGUCUGCAGAGAUAGGAGAAUUUGUUUCUGUGGUCUCUUUUGUCCCCUGUGCCUUGAGUGUGACAUCGCCAGGCAUUAUGGAGAGUGUUUUUGUUGGCCAUUGUUACCUGGGUCCACCUUUGCACUGAGAACUGGCACCAGAGAGAGACAUAAAAUACGGGGCACACUGUGCGAGGACUGGCUGGCUGUGCACUGCUGUUGGCCUUUCUCCAUCUGCCAGGUGGCCAGGGAACUCAAGCUGAGGACCUCCCAAACCUAUGAAAUCUACGCGGCUCGUUCAACCAAGGAAACCUUGAUUUGACACAGCCAGAAAGCCCCUCCUCUUCAGCCCGCUGCCCCUUCCUCUCAAGUCUCUCUUCAUAGAGAGAUUGUUUCUCACUUUUCACUGAAAUAGCUAUGAAAAUAAAUGAUUUCCCACUACUGCGUAUACUGGUGUCCCUUUUUCACACGCACUCUCAAUGAAGACUGUUAUUUGUCUGAAUUGCUAUCC